AUUUAUUUAUUAUUAGUUUGCAUGAUAAUAAUCCGAUAAUUCCAACAAAAUUCAUUCUCUAACGAAAAAACAAGGAAGAACGCCUAAGUUCUCUUCUUCAAUGGAAUUUGGAAACCCAAGAAUUUCUCCAGACGCAACCAACGUAUGAUAUGAUCGUUCCAUUAUGAAUCAAUCUUCGCCGAGCUCGUACCUUCCGGAGCCAGUCAUUCAAAGCAUACUGAAACUUCUUUCUCCAAAAUACGCAAUUCGAGCUUCUCUGACCUCCAAGCUAUGGCGAUCGGCUUGGAUUACAUCUCCGGUCUUUGAAUUUGAAGAGAAAUCGUUACCUUUUAAACAAGCAGAUUUCUACGACUAUGCACGACGCUGUUUGGCAGUUUGGUCCGACCACUGCGAUGACAGAGUCAAUAUGGAAAAGCUUUCCGUCUACUCCGACGUAGGCACCGACGGUACAUUCUUUCCUCGAUUUGUUGAAUUGGUAUCCAUUGCAACGAAUCGUAAUGUUAAAAUUAUAGAACUCCAUAACUGCUCUGAAGAUUAUCAUAGUCAUACGAUCUUGUCUACUGAUUCUUUAUGGUCGUUAAUUUCUGAUUGUAAAUCGCUCGACGUUUUGUCUUUGAAAUCGUUUCAAUUAUCGCUUGCGAUUACAUUACCAGUAUUCUCUUCUGUGAAGAAGCUUGAGUUGAGUGUUGUUGGCAUAGAUAACAGUAGCCUUAGGUAUCUGUUAUCUUGUCUCCCAUUGUUAGAAGAAUUUGUAGUUGGGUUUUGCUUUGAUUUCACAGAGCUACGUGUUUCAUCUCCCAAACUCAAAUCAAUGGAACUGUCUAUUUGUGAUGAUGAUAUACCCCAAAAUGUCUUUAUUGAUUCUGUAAAUCUUCAAUCGUUCACUUACACCAAGGCCUUUAAUGCUCAAGGACUUCUUAGAUUUUCGAAUUGUAAAUUGUUAAAAACUUUGCAGAUUGAGCGUACCAAAAUCAGUACAGGGAAUGCAUUUGAUGAGUACCUUUCUCAAAUUCCCUUUCUUGAGAAUUUAAAACUAAAGAGUUGUCAGAUUAAUGAGGGUGUUACUGUUCAAAUCUCUCAUUCCAAUCUCAAGAGUUUGGUGGUGAGUGGAUGCUUUCGGUUGUGUAAGGUUGAAUGCAACACCCCCAACCUUCGAUACUUCAAAUAUUCUGGUGGCAUUCUUAAACUCUUUAAAUUUAAAUACUGUUCCGGGUUACUCAAUGCGAAGCUCGAGUUGUAUACAGGUUCUUUUGAUGGCACCGAAUGGUUUUGGUUCAUUAGGCUGAGAAACUUUCUAGAAAUUUUCCGUGACUGUGAAGUAUUGUCUAUGGCUGUUCACUUAGAGGGAUUUCCAGAAGAACUGAGAAAUUAUGAUAUGCUUCCUGAUCCGUUUUAUGAGUUGAAGCAUUUGAAAAUCACGAAUAGCAUGUUCCCAAUUUCACAACAGGCCAAUUUCUUCAAUGCCUUUGUAGAGCUUUUCCCUUGUGUAGAAACCUUUUCUUUGAAGGCAUUUGAUUGUGAGCUCACCAUUAAGUAUGACGAAGAUAGAGAUUUUAAUUUGAGCUGGAUACCCUUUAUUCGCGCCUCAACAAGCGAUGAAUAUGAUAAGAAUUUUGAAGAAAUGAAGGAGUGCAUUGAUACAAUUGUGAAUUUGCUUAGCUGGACAGAGGAAAAUUAUUCAGAGGAGGAAAACUGUGCAGAUGAAUACUCUGAGAUGGAUAUUUGAUGUAAGUUGCCACGACUGGUCUAAAAGUAUGUAAGAGCCUAAGGUAAAAUUAGCAUUUGGGAUCUUAUACAAAGAGUUUCAUGAUAAUUCUAUUAUUGUAGUGGUAAAUAUUUUUAUGGGAUAUGAUUUUGUCCCGUUAUUGUAUUUUCACUGUAAUCCGUGAUGUACGACAGCCGUCAGAUGAGGGAGUUAUUUGAUCUGACGGCUGAGAUUGAUCUAGGGGUAAUUAGGGUUAAAAAGUAUAAACGUACCUUUACGCUCAUUUAAUGUACCCUGAGACCCAUCUAAUGUACUACGGAAUACAUUCCGUGAAAGUACAUCACGGAACAAAAUCAUAUCCCAAUAUUUUUAAAUCUAUCGUGUAAAAUUUCAAUCAUAGAUAUAUUAAAUUUUAAUAUAUCCUUUAACUAUUAAUUUAAAAUGAUAUUCUGUUUACACUUUAUACUAUUUUAAUUAUAUUCUCUUAUUAUUUGAAAUUAUAUGUAUGUACUAAUAAUUUUUCUUUCUUACAAUUUUGGAGUUGGACCUAAAUGUACAUCUUGCUUCAGGGUUGAUCCUAAAGAUUUUUAUUUUAAGCAAAGUGACGAAAUUCAUUAAAAUGGCGAAAAAGUCACACAAACCGGAAUAAUGAGUUGAGCCAAAACAAGCCAGAAUAACAAACAAAUUAAACACAACUUGGAAGGCUAGGCCACUAAAUUUUAACGCUCUCUGAAGAAAAUGUAAGUUUGGGAAGUUAGUGAGCUAUAGAGUUGGCCAUUCGGUUACAAUGCACAAAAGAAAAAUCAACAAACUUCUUACAAAAGGCACCGAUAUCUUCUAGAACAACACCAAAGGCAGAGUAACCCAACCUUUUGCAAAGAAUAAGGCCAUGUCUCACAGCCAAAACUUUAACAAACCCAAAGGAAUAGCAUAAGAUCCCAACAAUCUAAAAUGAGAUUAGUCAAAGUGAGAUGAUAUGUAUCACAAAAGUCUAAAGAGUUGUUUAUCCCAUGAAUACAUAUGAUAAACAAACUCCUUCAUGGACCAAUUUGUUCCUUCUAUACCAACAAGGAGCAAGAGGGAUUCAUAGAAGUCCACACCAAGGUAAAACUUAGAAGGAAGUUGGAUGGGAAAAAGCCUCUUGAUUGCCUUCAAUUUUUGACAAUCCCAAAAAACAUGAAAAAUGAUAAUUAUUUGUGAAGAGAAGAAUAAUAAAUAAAGAAAAGAUAUGAGAGAAAUUAGAGUUUUAUUCAAUUACAAAGUUAAAAUGUGAAAGAAUACAACUAAUAAGAAAGUCUUAUAUAAACAAUUAACAUACUAAAAUAACUCUAAAUAACUAUUUAACAAAAAAUUGUUUCAUUCUUAAUUUCACAAAUUGGACAAGUCUUGCCAUUGUGAAUUCCGUGGCUUGCAAGAUUGACCACCGGCACGGCGGGAUCUUAUUCGAAGAAGCUUUCCAUAAGAAAAUUUGAACCUCGGGAGGCAUGUUUUAAGGACCAUAAAGCUUGCCACCAUUUUGAUAGACUUGAAGAGGAGAUAGAUUGUCUCAAGUCUUUAUGGCGAAUAGCCACACUUCUCAUCGUAAACAUACCUCUAUUUUCGAUGCACCAAAUAAGAUGAUCCUCUCUCCUAAAUAGGGAGGAAAGACCUCCAAAUGUAAAUUCUCCCUAACUUAUUCCAAAUUGCCCAUGUAUGGACUUCAUAAAAAAAUAAGAAAUUUAAUUUUUUUUAGAUCGGGUCCGAUGUAGACCCAAAGCCCAAGCAUGGAAUGGAGAUUGAAGAUAAAGGGCCGAUGUAGGCUCGAUACUUCCUCGUACUUUUUGAAAUUUGAUAGAUUGUUUGUAGGUCCGAUACAGGACGAUGGUGGACCGAUUGUGUGUGUGAUUGUGAUUACAAUUGAUAGAAUGCUUGUAGGUCCGAUAGAGGACGAUGGGAGGCCUUAUAGUGGGUCUGAUAGUUAUACAAUUUUAUUUUUUUAAAAAAAAAAAUAGAAUUCUUGUAGGUUCGAUAGAGGAUGACUGGGGGCCCGAUAGUAGGUCCAAUUGUUAUUAAUUUUUAUUUUUUAUUUUUAAUAGAAUGCAUGUAGGUCCGAUAGAGGGCGAUUGGGGCCUGAUAGUGGGUCCAAUGGUUAUUGCAAUUUUUUAUUUUUACUAUCAUUUUGUGUGUAUCUGAUACUGGUUCGAUAGCUAUCUGAUGUUGAUCUAAUGAUUUGCUACAGAUUGUCUAACAUCUAUUUUCUUGUUUCUUUUUUGUUUUCAGCCACGCCUUAUACUUCUAGUGUAAGAGCAUUACACAGGCCGUAUCAUUUGGCGUGGCGGUAGUUUUUACUAUCUGAGAAUUAAAUCAAAAUUUAAGGAAUUCCAAUUAUAAAAAAAAAAAAAAAGGGUGAAAGAAUCCCUUUCAAAUAAUU